AUGGAUCGCCCACCACCCUACCAACGACCACCAGAUCGCCCUAUGAACUACCACCCGCAGACGAAUCCAACGUAUCCAGGCUACCCACCAGCCUCACAGCCCCAGCAACAGCCACUCCACGUUCCCUAUGCCGCCGACCCGUACUCGAUGCCCCGUCGCGAUCCAUUCUUCCCUUCAGGACCACAACAUGUUCGACGCAGUAGCCAAGGACUACCCGCUGGCAACAACGCGCCGCAAGGCCAGGCCGAGGGACAAGGGCAGGGUGGUUGGUCAAAUACAGCGCGACCGAUACACUACGAGACUCAUCACUCUCAGACGAACCCUCCACCGCAAAUGACUACCUCCAACAACCCUCCACCGUCUGCGCCCUAUGGCUUCGAUGCUGCGCGCACCUCUGCACUGAACGGCGCCAGUCCCCCGAACCCCUAUGGCCCGUCUCACGAACCUCCGCCUCCACCUCCACCAUCCUUCGCGCGACCCCAAAUGCCUCCUCCAUCGUCCCCCACACAGCAGCAUCUCCAUGUAUCCCAGUCGCAACGUCCACAAUACACCUCCAACUUUGGCGCCAACAGAGAGCCUCCUGGCCUAGGACAGGCGUUGCGACCGGGAAGCAGCAUGUCCAUCUCAUCUCUUAUCGGCGGUGGGGGUGACACAGGUGCCCUCAACCAAACAACACAAUCACAACCGUCACCUCCCACCAACGCCCCAUCCGCCAACAGUCACAGCAUGCAGCCACCUUCGCCUCGACGUGGUUUGCCAGCUGGUCCACGAUCAGACUUGCCUCCGUUUCGCCGCCAGGCCACCCCAGAGCGCAGCAUGUACGGUAGCAAUACCUCGCGCCCAUCCGAGGGACACGCUUUCUCAGCUGGCUCACCCAGACAGUCCUACAGCAACCAAGGCUCGCCUGAUCUGGGCCGCCAGUCACUUCCACCAAAUGCACAAUCCUACAAGCCUAUGAACUUCCCUGGCCAUCGUCCAUAUGCGCAAGACGCAGGACGGCAAGCUUCUGGAAACGCUCCAUCUCGACCGAACAGCCAGCCGAUGGGACCUCAGGGAAACACUGAACAGGAAGGGAGGCCCAUGUACGACGGGUUUGGAGGUCGGCGCAGCGCUUUUGGACCCCCUGAGGAGCGGCGACGUACACUGGGUGAGUCGCAUCAUGCAAGGCCCAACGCUGCAGAGCUCUUAGCAGGUACAAAUCACAGCGCGUCUGAGAGAGAUCGACCCGUGACUGUGCACCCUGUGUCGCAAUCUGGCUUCAGUCCGCCUCAAGCGCAACGCAACAUCUCUGGCUCUUCAGAACCUCCGCGCAGUCUUUGGCGACAAUCAGCGCCUACCGGUGCUGCUCGCGAACCUCCCCAGGAUAGUCGCGCAGAGGAGCCUCCACCAAUGCAUCGCACUUACGGCCCAUACCCUCCACACAUGCUAGGUGCUCCUCGUUACGGUGCCCAAAGUUCCGAUGAAAUGCUACGGCGCAGCGUAGAUCAGUUGGGCCACCGCGUAAUGGAGCAGUACCACGCCCCUCCUACCUCCGAUCCCAACUCUGAGCGGCACAGAACCGAACCACUCGCGCGCUCUUUGUCUUCCCGAUCCCUCUAUGACCAGCCUCCCAAGAUGGGCGAGGCCAUGCAACACUCGAAAUCGCACAUUGGUUUUGGCUUGGAGGCAAGCAGACGAACGGGCAGAGCGUCUCCACUGCCACAGGCUGUUCAAGGUGCCCAGGCGCAGCCCUUGUCAAUUGGCAAAGAUCCCGGUAUCAAGAGCGAAUUCGGGCGCAUGUUCUCCGGCCUCGGCAGCGGGUUGGGAUCGUCGACCCCGUCGCGGGGAAGUCCCAUGCCACAGAAUGGCCAGGGCUCAUUCGAGUCAGAUAACGGUGAAAUGAUGAGGAGGAUCGGUUCUCAGCAGGGAAGGAAGCCGCCCAAACGAGUCAAGGAUGAGGAGGGCAUUUUCGACAUUGAGAAUGCUGAUGGCAGAGGAACACCCGGCGCUCGUGGGGCUAAACGAAACAAGCACCAUCAUCAUCAUCACCACCAUCAUCACCACCACCACAAGCCUGAUGAGGAUGCGUCAAUGCCACCAGCUUCAACUUCAAUCAAUGGGCGACAAGCGAGUCUACCACAAGCCGGCCCGGGCCAGUCGGUUCACCACCACCAUCACAUUGGAGCAAACCCACAUCACCAUCAUCACCACCACGCUCCUCGAGUUACCCAUCAGCCUCCGCAACAAGUCACAAAGGUCCUGACGAAAGUUCACGACGUACAGCCUAUCCUCGAGGAAGCUGCUAAGCGUCCUCGCAAGCAUCUUGGAUCGCAACUGUACGAGGCAAAGACAGAGCUGCCAAAACCCAACUCAUCACUUGACGAUCAAUUCGGAUAUGCAUCGAAACCCCAACGUCUGCCUCGCUUCGAUGUCAACCCCAUCAACUGCACCUUCACUAUCAGAGUACCUCGAUACUAUCUAAAACCCCGACAACGGCAGCAUGUUGUAUUAGAAAGACAUCUUUGGGGUGCUCGCGUGUAUCGCGAUGAUUCGGAUCCCAUUGCUGCUGCGAUCCAUUCUGGAUGGAUCCGUGGUGAAUGGGAUGAUACUGUUGAUGUUGCUAUGCUCGAUCCGCGCAUCACUGCGCCCAAUGACCCAGCCGAUGCUGCUGAUGUUCUGACCAAGAUUCCGGCGGCUCCUGUGACGCCGCCUGCCGACAUGGACCUGCAGAUUGAGAUAGUUAUUCUACCGCAACUUCAAGAAUACACCGGAUCUGUCGAGUAUGGCAUUUCGAGCAGGAAGAGCAAAGCCCACGAGGGUCUCAGCUUCAUGAUCAACAAGAUCCGAUGGGUUGAAGAAGGCAUUGGCAGCAGGGGACAGGAAAGAACAGCAGCGGCAUUAAAGCGACGACUCGAUGCCAGCGCAACUCUCCUUGCUUUGCAAAGUGGAAUCGACGACGCUCACCGGGUCAACGGCAUGACCAAACUACAUGCUUGA